CUCAUAUUCUGUGUUUAGAGUUAGAGAUGUUGUGUUUGUUUAAGAGGAAGAAGAAAAAGAAAGAAGAUGAGAUUCAUUUCCAGAAGAAUGGGAGCUUGUUGUUGGAGGAACUCAUUGCAUCUUCCGGAGGUAUCUACAACCCCAUCCCUACAUUUUCUUCUCACCAAAUCCUUCAAGCCACAAACAACUUAGACUGGAACUCUAUAAUCUCUGAAGACAGAUUCGUAUGGUACAGAGGAAUGAUCCAAAACCGAGCCGUGCUGAUCAAGAAAUACCAAGACUGUUCCCUUUUCGACGCUGACAACUUCUACCGUGACAUCACUGUCUCAUCUUUGAUGAGUAGCCAUAAGAACGUUCUCAAGAUCUUGGGAUGCUGUCUAGAGUUUCAACAUCCCGUUCUCGUGUGUGAAUACCCGGAGAAUGGAGCUUUAAACUGCAUAAAACGUGCAAGGGAUGGAGCCACAAGACCGUUUCCUUGGAACGCAAGCUGGAGGAUCGCUAAGGAGAUUGCAGAAGUUGUGACCUAUCUUCAUACCGAGUUCCCAAGAACUAUAAUCCAUAGGGAUUGAAAGCUUGCAAAUAUCUUGUUGGAUGAGAAUUUGACUGCUAAGCUCUCUUCUUUCAGUCUCAGUGUACUGAUUCCAGAAGGAGAAUCAAGCGUAAACGACAUGGUUUGCAGGACAUCAAUCUAUAUUGAGCCGGAGUAUCUCAAUACAGGUUUGGUUACAGAGAAUGUAGACAUAUAUAGCCUUGGGAUCAUCAUGCUAAUCCUUUUGACAGGGAAGUCUGAAUAUACUUCGGAAGUUGCUGUUUAUCUUCCUGUAUUGCCUGUCUAUGUUGCCAAGUUGCUGGAUAAAGGUCUGUUGACUGAACUGAUAGACCCUUCGCUGUUGGAAAGCGGCGAGAUCUCUGAGGAUGUAAGAAUGCAAAUGGAAGCUUUCAUUGAGCUUGCUUUUAGAUGUGUAAGAUUCAGAGCAGGAGAAAACGAGCUUCACAUGAUAGACGUUGCAAAAGAACUCAAGAAGAUAGAGAAGCAUGCCUGA